CGUCCGACGAUCGUGUGAAACCACUCCACCAGAACCACGUCUCUCCCUGAACGUCUCUCUGGGACCUGUAAUCCACCAUUCCUGCCACGUUAAUAUUGACGACCUAAUAAUUAAGCAUGUCUGGCAAAGAAAUGUUUACGCUUUCAUCCCUUUCACUUACGUCGGCGGACUGGGAUCGCUCCGAGAGUGACAUUCACCCCCCUCCGAAUGGACGCGUUGCUUCGAGUGCAACACCGCGGAAUUCAGUGGUGUUUCCGGGAAAUGGCACAGAGGAUACUCCGGGCCGGACUUGUGGGGGGAGGGGAGGUCGGUCGCUGAGUGAGCUGAUGAGGUUACACGCGGAGAAGGGGACCGAUGUGACAUUUACUGCUGAGGAAGUGUCGAGUGUCGCUGACGUUCUUAAGCAAUGGAUAAAUUCGGGGACGUCACCCUACGAAGGCGAAGAUGAUUUCUUUUCGCGCUCGCAUGACGACUCUUUGCUGGCAUCCAGGCGAUCUUCACGGCACCCAUCGGACACAUUUAGCAGACCUCGCGGUCAGAGUGAGAGCACAGUGGUACCGCGAUCGCCAAAGCCCGAUGCAUCCUUUUCAUGACCAGCCGCUGAUUCACCUCUCAAUCCUUCCCUCUUCGACCCGAAUUUUCUCGUUCUUCCGUGGUUUCUUUCGGUCUCCUUCUAGACUUACGACUGGCCUCACGACUCACGACUACUUACGACCUGUUACGACCGCCAUGACUACCUUAUUUGUAUUCCUUUUCCUUGGAGCCAGUAGAGCAAUACUAUUCCUAUCGGGACAACUUUAGGAAAUGCAUUUUUGGGGAUGUCUGAUCUACCAGUACUAGUACUUGACAGUCCAACUGAGGUUGACUAUUACGUCGCUGUGAUUUUUCCG